AUGCAUCGCACCUAUUCUAUGCGCCAGUCGCGCGUUCCCACCGCCUCGCAGAUCGAAAACCCUCCCCCGCCAUUGUCUUCCACCAAGUCCAACAGACUCUUCGGAAAGGGUGGCUUCGGCCAUGCCCUGCGCAAGAACGCCGCCGGCGCCUUCGGGCCAGACCUAGCCCGCAAGCUCUCCCAGCUGGUCAAGAUGGAGAAGAACGUCAUGCGGAGCAUGGAGAUGGUGUCCCGGGAGCGCAUGGAGACUGCUCAACAACUCUCCAUCUGGGGUGAGAACUGCGACGAGGAUGUGUCUGAUAUCACCGACAAGCUCGGUGUCUUACUCUACGAGAUUGGAGAGCUCGAGGAUCUCUUCGUUGACCGGUACGAUCAGUACCGUGUUACCAUCAAGAGCAUUCGCAACAUCGAGGCUUCCGUCCAGCCCAGCCGUGACCGCAAGCAGAAGAUCACCGAUGAGAUCGCCAAGCUCAAGUACAAGGACCCCAACUCUCCCCGCAUCGUCGUCCUGGAGCAGGAGUUGGUCCGCGCGGAGGCCGAGUCGCUCGUGGCCGAGGCCCAGCUCUCCAACAUCACCCGCGAGAAGCUCAAGGCCGCCUUCCAGUACCAGUUCGAUGCGCUCCGCGAGCACUGCGAGAAGGUGGCGUUGAUCGCCGGCUACGGCAAGCACCUGUUGGAUCUGAUCGAUGACACGCCGGUGACCCCCGGCGAGACUCGCCACGCCUACGACGGCUACGAUGCCAGCAAGGCCAUCAUCCAGGACUGCGAGGAGGCACUCGCCAACUGGGUCACCUCCAAGGCCUCGGUCAAGUCCAACCUGUCGACCCGCUCGCGCACCCUGUCGCAGCGUCGGCGCGAGGGCGUGAACAAGAGCCGCGAGGGCGUCGACCUCUCCGGCCAGGACCAGCCUCUGGGCCGCGAUUCGUGGGUGCCCGCCGACCAGCACUCGUCCUACCACCACGAUGCAGAGGAUGGCGAGGAGGUUGCCAGCACUCUGGACGGUGAGACCCGGGGUCGGGAGGAGGAGAGAGAGCCCGAGACAGCCGUUUAA